UCUCUAAAUCAAUUGUUUCCUAUUAAGAUUUCUCCACACAACGAUUUCGAAAUCAAUUGAAGUUGAAGAUUUAUCAUUAUACAAGUAAAUGGUAUGGCGUGGUUUUCAGGAGUGAAGAAGAAGGAAGUUGAAAAGAUUGGGCGUAUUAGGGUUCCUGAGGAGUGAGGAGAGUGGUAGCUGCAACUAUGAGCUGUUUUCUCGGUUGUUUUGGAGUGAAAGACUCGCACUCUCGUCUCAAAACAACUCCUGAGAAGGAGCGCCUGGUUUUUCGCGAGAGGAAUGCACUGUCAUCGCUAUUUCUUGCAGAUGGUUUAGUAGAAUCAGAAGAUGAUUUAUUUCGAAAGACUGAGGAAGGUUGGGGUCCAAUGUCUGAAGAAAUUGAUAUUAAAGAGCUCAAGGACGAGGCCAAGUUCCUGAAAACAUGUGGAACUUUGCUUGAGAUCCUGUUGAAAUUCGGAAAGUCUCUCGUAAAAGGCUGGAUACAGAUGCUCACAAAGAAGAACUCAAUCCAUUGAUGACCUGUGCAUCCAUUGAAAAUCUGAAACUAAAGGAUCCAUUUGAUGAAUCUUUAACGCCUGUUAAAACUUGUGGAAAAUGGGUAACUGGUGAAGGUUUUUUGGUAGGCACUCCGAGCAAUUAUGUCUCAUGCAUAUAAAUUUGAAUAUAUUGAGCAGCUCUGGUUCUCAAAAAUAAUGUUGACUUAUAUAUGAGUUGGCAUGUUUUCAGCAUAUCAGUAGAUAUCAGAUAUGGUUGCAUGAAUUUCGUGAUUCAAAUAUUUGAUUGUUUGGAACAUUUUUUUAUCAGUGUCUGUUUCUUUUCAGGGUUCUUUAAGUGAUUGCUUGUUUUCUCUUUCAGGGGUAAUAUCUAGUAUUGUUGUUUUCUAAAAUUGGUAGAAAUUCUUAGCUGACUGCCUGCCUUGAAUUCAUUCUGUUAGUGGCU